UACAGACAGGAGGAGAGAGUGCGAGUACACAAAGCUCAGGACGGCAAUAGCAGAUUGUCUUUCCCAGCACUCUCUCCUCACAUAGCUAGCAAUUACCUUAUUCAGUACGCACUUCCUUUGCUAUCUCUCGCACGGGACGCAGAUUAAGCAGUCAUGGAAGGAUUGCUGGCGAGCAGGCUGAUGGUUGGGGUGGUCAUUAAGAUUUUGCGAAGCAAUGGCAUUAUACACAGUGCAAAUAUAACAUCUGUGAACCUGGACCGGUCUUCAGUUAAUGUGGAAUGGAAAGAAGGCGACUCAAACAAGGGGAAAGAGGUGUCCUUUACAGAUAUUAUUACAGUGAACCCAGAGCUUCUGGAAGCGGUUUCAGCACCACAUAUAAAGGAGAACUUGCCCCCUCAGAGAAAUACACCCAUGCAUACUCAAAAGCGCAAAACUGUUUCAAAAAUUCCUGCUCCUAAAGAAGUGUCGGCACAGAUUUCUAUAUCAGAAUGUGGAUCACAAUCAGUUCUGCGGGGACGCUCUACAAGGAUGACUGCCAUUCAUGAGAUUUUACCUCCAGAAAACGAAAUGGAGGUGGAAAUGUCUCUACCACAACCUGUGAAACAAAGUUCAGCUUCAGUACCCACUGGACGAUCAAGAUCAACCCGGAGCACAAUUGGGGAUAACCGGUUACUACCACGUGUGAAUGAAAAUGCAGAAGAGUCUUUGUCGAAUGGCAUCAGGAGUAGUCAAGCCAGAAGAAAAUCAAAUAUUGUUAAAGAAAUGGAAAAAAUGAAAAACAAGCGUGAGGAACAACGUGCUCAGCACUCUGAAAUGAGAAAUAAGCGAGCUCAGGAAUAUGACACCAGUAUCCCAAAUUGGGAGUUUGGAAAAAUGAUUAAAGAGUUUCGCUCUACUUUGGACUGUCGCCCAAUGAAUUUGUCUGAUCCAACUGAGGAACAUCGUAUUUGCGUGUGUGUUCGAAAGCGUCCUCUGAACAAGCAAGAGCUUGCAAAAAAGGAGAUAGAUGUGAUAACUGUUCCAAGUAAAAGUGUAGUGUUGGUGCACGAGCCGAAACUGAAAGUGGACCUGACAAAGUAUUUGGAGAAUCAGGCAUUCCGAUUCGAUUACUCAUUUGACGAGACGGCUGCAAAUGAUGUGGUAUACAGGUUUGCUGCAAGGCCUUUAGUUCAGUCAAUAUUUGAAGGUGGAAAGGCAACUUGCUUUGCUUACGGACAAACAGGAAGUGGGAAGACCCAUACCAUGGGUGGUGACUUCUCAGGCAAAAGCCAGAAUGUUUCAAAAGGAGUCUACGCAUUUGCUUCACGUGACGUUUUCCAUCUGUUGUCUCAGCCGCGUUAUAAGAAUCUUGACCUGGGUGUGUACGUAACGUUCUUUGAAAUCUAUAACGGGAAGGUAUUUGAUCUAUUAAACAAGAAAGCAAAGCUACGUGUAUUAGAGGAUGCCAAGCAGGAGGUACAAGUUGUAGGCUUGGUGGAGAAAGAAGUAGAUUGUGCAGAAGAUGUUUUAAAAAUGAUUGAAACUGGCAGCGCUUGCAGGACAUCUGGUCAGACGUUUGCCAAUUCCAGCUCCUCUCGUUCCCAUGCGUGCUUUCAGAUAAUCCUGCGACGGAGAGGGAAGCUGCAUGGAAAGUUCUCCUUGGUAGAUCUAGCCGGGAAUGAGAGAGGCGUCGAUACAUCUAGUGCGGACAGAGUGACGCGCAUGGAGGGUGCGGAAAUCAAUAGAAGUUUGCUGGCUUUAAAGGAAUGUAUCCGUGCACUUGGACAGAAUAAAUCACACACUCCUUUUCGGGAGAGUAAACUCACCCAGGUUCUGCGGGAUUCCUUUAUUGGAGAGAAUUCUAGAACAUGCAUGAUUGCUAUGAUUUCACCUGGGAUCAACUCGUGCGAGUAUUCUCUGAACACGCUAAGAUAUGCAGACAGAGUUAAAGAACUUAGCCCAAACAAUGGUGAAAGUACUGAUAACCAUAAUCCGAUGGAGACUGAAGAUAGUGAUGGGUCUAAUGCUUCCUUGGGAGGAUCCCUGCUGCAGGAUGAU